AUGUAUCCAACUUGUAUUUUUCAAGAGAUGAUACUUGACAUCUCAUUGCCACUGUAUUCAAAGCCAAUAGUAGAUAUUAAUUCAUCAUCCAGCAUUUCUGCUACCACUUAUGUACAAUAUAAAUUAGUUGAUCAUCAUUAUAAAAGAAUCCCGUUAGUUAGUUUUAUUCAUAAACAACCCACGGGUACACAAUUACCAAUAUUUAGAUAUUAUCGAAUUGUAUUUCAUUGUAAUAUUUUACCAGGAUCAAUCUAUUUAAGAGUAUCAAAUAUAAAACCAAAACGAACAGUUGUAUUAAAUCGACAAGAUUCAUCGACUAUAUUUGGAUUUCGAAGUGUUGGAGCCUAUAGUCGUGUACAAAUACAAAAUUAUCAAUCUGGUCUUUGGUUGUGUAUGAAUUCAGACGGACGUAUUAUACAAAAAUUAAAUAUUAGUCUUGAUAGUUUGACUUGUACAUUUCGUCAAAAUACCGAUGGUCUCUAUCAAUAUUUAAUAUCUGAAUUAUAUCCACAACGAAAAAUGUCAUUUUCUACAUUAACUUUACUAAAUAAUAAUCCAAUAUUAAAACAUCGUUAUGAAAAUCAUCAACAAUUUUUAAAACGUGAACGAUGUGAUCGAUUUUUAUUUGAUCAACAAGUUGAUUCAAAUUUAUUUCAACAUCAACAACAACCAUUGACGUAUAAUAAAUUUAAUUCUUAUCGAUAUUCAAAGAAACAACAUGUUAUUUAA